AUGGCGAGUGCAGUAGCAGGAGGACUCUUUAACGCAUUUGCAUUUGCUGGAGCAGGAUACCUAUUUAAAAUGUUUGAUAGGAAUGGAUACGCUGAGGAAGCUAAGAGACAUAACCUUGCAAUGGAGAACCUAACAGCUGAAAGAGAAAAGUACCUUGAAGAGGUCACUGACAGAAGAAAUAGGAUUGCCCAACUGAAGUCAGAACUAGCUGAGGCAAAUAGGGAUAUCAAGUCAACGAACCAGUCACUAGAACUCGUCAGAAGAAUCAACGAGCUAAAACGUAAGCCUAUGCCAGGGAAGCCGCAAUUGAGUAAUCACUACAAACCUAGCUCUGAAAUGGAAGAAUAUAUGGCAAUCUUUGGUUUAAUUGCAGGUGGGGUGGUUGGAGGGGCAGCUUAUUUAAUGCUAUAG